AGAGACGGCGAGGCAGCAGCAGUGUGAGCAGAAACCAGAGCAGCAGAAACAGCAGCCGUCUGCAGGAGCCACCGGACCUGCCUGACAGUCCAGAAUCAGGGUUCACAGGACGGCUGCAGUCCUCAGACCGACAGCCCGGUCGUCUCGCGGUGGAAAAGUCUUACAGUUUAUCUCCCGGAGCUGAAACCUGCUCCUCCAGCUGUCAGGAUUUGAUCAAACAGACAUCUGACGGGCCCGCAGACAACAGGAUUACACACAGUUUUAUGCUUUAUUUCUCACAGAGGAUUAAGUCAUCUUCAGUUCAUCUUCAGUUCCAUGGAGUUCUUAAGUUAUUCCUGCUUUUGGAAACAGUAAGAAGCUGUGGUGGAGUGAAGCCUGAAUUAAUCCUGUGGACGACCCAAAGGCAGCAGGAUUACAAACAUGAUUUCAGUAUUCAGAAAUCAGAGUUGAUUGACAGAGUUGUUUGUGGAGCACCUGAACUCAACAGAUGAUGAUUUUAUUUUGUCCGGACUCAGCCGAAGCCUCACCGGGACACCUGCCGAUGAACAGUUCAGUCCUGCUUUUGGAGUUUGGGUCAUUGCCUCAGAGAACAGGAAGUGCAUUUCCAGGAAACAGCAGGAUUACAAAAAGUUUUUUAAUUUCUUCUUUACAAAGAAGGAAGUCAUUUGUCCUCGACAUAAGCAGAGUUAAAGGUCUGACUUCAUGCUGGUUUUAGACCAGUUUUGAUCACAGAGACAGCAGUUUGUGGACUCUGUGGUCUCUCUGGCCUGAGACUUCACUCAGUCUGCUGAAUCUCCCCUUAAGACCGCGAGGAGUUAACUCGGUUUCUGCACGACGGCUCAGACAGCUGAAAGGAAAAGGUGACGGUGAAGAGGUCCAGAUCUGGAUCCCUCUGGGACCAGCUGCACAGACCGGCUUCAGGAAGGGACUCGAUCUUCUUUGUCAGACAUCAAGGACGUCUUCUCCCGCUGAUCACAGCAGUGAAAAGCUCUGACGCCAGCCUACCAUUUUUCUAUAUUCUGACAUCAAGGAAACUUUUCUGCAUCCACUUUUCUGCUUUGGCGCUCAUUAAAAACUGCUCUCCAGUAUCGAGGACGUUUUCCAGCGUUGUGCAGCUCCCUCUCUGAAGGAUAUUUCACUUUCUAAGUUUCCGUCUUUCUUUCUUUUCAAUACGAAGACUUUCUUCUGCUGGAUGUUUGAAGGUUUUUCUCUCUAAAUGAGUUUCUGGGACAUUUUCUUCUAAGCUCAACGGCUUGACGAAAUCCACAGACGCCAACGAGGAGGUGACGUGAGGACGGCAUCGCAGGGCGGUCAAGUCCAGUGUGAGUGUGUGUGUGUGCGUGUGUGUGUGAGAGAGUGAGAGUGUGUGUGUGAGAGAGUGUGUGUGUGUGCGUGUGUGUGUGAGAGAGUGUGUGUGUGCGUGUGUGUAGCUGGUUGUGUGUUUGUGUCCAGAUGCCACACUGAUGGGCCCAGACACCCACAUCACAGUGCGACGCCGACUCGGCUGCUUCUGAGUUAUUUCCUGUUGCUCAACAUUUGUUGACUUGCUGUGAGUCAAAUAAAUCAACCACUUGGAAAUGAAAAGACAAAAUUUCAGCAUGAACAAACAAAAUUUCCAAAUAUUUCUUGCGGAGACGCUGCCGAGCCGAGCUGGAGGUCGGACCAGUCGACUCUGCCUGGAACGUGUUGCUCUGAUUGGAUGAUUACAAACUGCUUCCUUCUGCUGCUGCUGAGCCGUUCAGGCUGUCCCGCAGUCCUGUCACUGAGUCCAGCAGAAACGGGUCUGCAUGCUGCGGACAUUUUUCAUCAAUCGGACAAAUGAUUGGACCUUUGAUCACAGCUGUGAUGGAGACAUGAAGAAACAGUUGGCCAAAGACGUGACGCUUCCUGUCUGGUUUUUCAACACAAAUUUGCUUCAUCAGACAUGAGAAGUGAAUGAUUACCAAAUUUUCAUGUAGACAACAAGAAGAGGCAUUUUUAGGAGAUUACUGAACACAGCUCAUGUUUAAAGGCUGCACAGUUUGUUCUUUUCUCCAAUAAACCUUUCAAAACCUGGAGCUCUGCAGCUUCUGUCUUAGUUGGACCACUUAGCGGACUGUUCAGCAGACCUCAGACACUUUGUGGCAGCGGAGACCAAAACCAUGCUCCCUGGAGGGCUGGUGUCCGGUGGAGGGGGCCGCGGCGGCGGGCUGUGCCUGCUCCGGUGGCUGGGGCUCAGGCUGUGGUCCCGUCGGGGGACCCUGGUGUUCGCUCUGCUCUGGUUCGGCUCCUGGUUGUUCCUGAACGGCCUGGUUCUGGUCCACAGGAGCAUCCUAUCUGACUACUGCACCGACGACAAGAGCAAGAGGAUCCUGCAGAGACUGUGUCUGGAGUUCGGGGAGGGCUCGGUGACGGGGGACAUGUGUGAGGACCUGUGUGUGCUCGGCCUGGUCGAGUACAAGCGCUGCCUCUACUACGAGAAUGGGAAGAAGGUGAUCGAGGCGCGCUGGAGAGGAAACCCCGUCAUCCUCAAGUCCAAACUGGAGAAUUUCUCUUCGUACGAGCCACUGGGCAUACUGGACUACCAGGACGCAGCAGAGGAGCUCUCCCCUCUUGACGUGGUUUUUUACGCCACUCUGGAAGUGCGAAACUCUCUGGGGCUGGCUGAGGAGGACGAGGACGAAGACGGAGGAGGACACAACAGCUCUCUGGCCAGACUGUGGGGGAAGAAGCUGAAAACCAGAGGGAGGACUUACUCCAGAGCAGAGCUGGCCUCCCUCUGGUCUCUGCUGCAGCAGGAGGAGUACACCUUUCUCAGAGUCCUGCAGGACCUCAGCACCCACGUGGCCAAAGUGUUGGGCUCCUGUGGUCAUUUCUACGCCGUGGAGUACCUGUCAGCCGGACACGCCUGGGACCAGAACAUCUUCUCCCUGGAGGAGGUGGCCGUCUCUGGGGCCGGACUUGGACCUGGACCUGGACCUGGACCUGGCCCCCGCGGGAGGUGGACAGCCAGGGAGAUGGUGCAUCGCAUCGCACUGAGUUUUCUGGACAUGGUGUGGCACUUUGACAACGACUUCACCCACAAACUGCACCUCUGCGAUAUCAAACCGGAGAACUUUGCCAUCAGGAAGGACUUGACGGUGGUCGCCAUUGACGUGGACAUGGCCUUCUUUGAGCCCAAGAUGAGGGACAUCCUGGACCAGAACUGCAGCAGCGACGACGACUGCAACUUCUUCGACUGCUCGUCCAGGUGUAACCUGAACAAGCGCAGGUGCAGCCCUCGCCGCCGCAACAGCAACCUGCAGGUGAUCUGUGAGAAGAUCUUCAGGCCGUGGUUUUCUCCCACGCUGCUCGGGGCCAAAGCAGGACUCCCACUGCAGGUGGAGCUGCAGCGAGCGGUGCAGGAGUGUUCAGAAACAGAAGGAGGUGAGGAGGAGCUGGAGGAGGAGGAGGAGGAGGAUGGAGGAGGAGGAGGAGGAGGAGCAGCAGAGACAGGUCAGGGCGGGGGUGUCCAUCAGCGUCUCCUCAACAUCCUGACCCGCCUCCUGGAGGAGGGAGGAUCCUCAGGGCAGGGAGGAGAAGCUUCGGAGGGGACAGGCCACGUCCACACUGCACUCAACUUCUGAGGAGGUGAAGACCGUCAGAGAAACACACCAGGAGCUUCCACAUCGUGGAGGUUCCACCCAAAGUUUGUGGGAAGUUAGUGGCUCAUUUUUCAGGUCCAAGGCUGCAGUUUGGGCCACCAGGACAGCUACCCACAUACAUACAUACAUACAUACAUACAUACGAUAUGGACAAAAGUAUGUGGACAUGCUGAACAGACUUUUAUUCUGUUUUAGCCUCAUAGCUUCAAAUGAAGGAAAAUCUGAAUGCUCCAACAGUUUGUGUUGGUCUGUUUCAGCAUGAUGCCGUGCACAAAGCAGCUCCAAAAAGAAACUAUGAAGAACUUGACUGGUUUGCACACAGCUCUGACCUCAGUCCAGUACUGCAGCUUUGAAACACCGACUGUGAACCCGACCUGAUGGGCCUCACCGAUCCCCUGCAGCCCAGAAUAAAAUGUCGGCCACGUUCACUCCUGCAAACCGUGGAUGUGAUGCAAAUGUUUUCACGGUUUGCAGAAAUGCCAACAUUUACUGUGGACUGCAGCAGAUUGGAUGUUGGUUUACUGUGACAGGAGAGAGCCUCCUCUGAUUCUGAUCUUUGAUAGGACGGACCAGGACGGGAGUACUGAGUGAAGGAGCUCAGCAACGUCUCACGUGUCUCCUCAUCAGAGGAGUUUGUCAGAGAUCCAGUGCAGGCGGAUCCUCUGUGCUUUCUUCUUCUCUACUUAACCACUUAGUCUCGGUGAGAUUCAACAAACCUCAAACACAUAAAUAUAAAUUCAUGAGGCAGGAGUUACCAUGUAGUAAGAGUAUUAAUCACUAAUUGUAUCACCUAAAGGUAAACCAAUGACAAGUGGCUGUCUUGGUCACUGAAUAGAACUUACAGAUUAGAUGUAGUUUUUUGCUUUGUUUUUGGCCCCUGAGGGCCUCCGUAGUCAUAAAUAGCUUUGAAUUAACCGAAUUGUGAGUUCCAAACAAAGCAAAGUAAUCCAGGAAAAUGAUUUCAGUGAUGAACCAAAGCAAAACGUUUCUUUGCUAUCCGACUUUCCUUCAAAUGUUGCUGAAAUCCUCAGACUCGUGCAGUGAGUGAAGAAAACAGAAAGAUCACAUACCUUUAAACGGCACUUUGAUAACCCGAUUGGUCGGACUGUGUCACAUGCUGCGAUGUCGCUGGGUCAUUGAAUGGACUCUCCGGGCUUCUGUACAUACAAAUAAAGGUCCUGCUUGGUC